AUGCCCUUCCUAGGCCACCCGUUCCGCCUGCUGCUGGCUGUGGGCAAGACGCUGGCACUGGCGCACGUGUGCUGGAAGUACGGCUACAGCGCCGGACCGGGGUCGGGCCCAUCCAUGAUCCCGACGUUCCUGGUGGCCGGCGAGUGGAUGGUGGUGGACAAGGGCUACCGCCGGGGCCGCGGCGUGCGGGUAGGCGACUGCAUUGACUACAAGAUCCCCGUGGAACACAACGAGGAGGGAGUCAAGCGCGUCAUCGGAAUGCCAGGAGACUACGUGCUGGUCAACAGCCCCGGAGCGAGGAAUGACGACAUGCUGCAGGUACCCAAGGGACAUUGUUACAUCGUCGGCGAUAACCUUCCGUGGUCCCGAGAUAGUCGGGAUUACGGUCCACUGCCUCUGGCGCUGGUAAAUGGCAAGGUUGUGGCCAAGAUCAACUUUCAAGGCUGGAAUCCAAUGCGCUGGUUCACAAGGGUGGAUAAUGGGCUGACCGUAGACAAGUGA